AAAUUAAGUCAGUCAAAACGUCUGUACUGUGGGAAUGCAGCAUUUUAUUACUCAGAUGCAAAUAUGUCUCUUACAAUUGUUGCACUCGUACAAGAUUAAAUUGUGAAAUUUGAAUAAAUUGACUAAAAUGUGUGUGUUUUAUUUUGAAAUACAGUAACCGGAUGUAUCUGCGGUAGUUUCCGCCGUCUUGACGCUGGCUCUCAGCGGGUCGGGUCCGUCGCGGCAGCUCAGCUGUGACAUUAAAAGCCUCAAAAUAAGACUGAAAAAGACUUUCUGCUCGUGUGUUUCCGGACCGACACUUUUCUGUACGGAUUAACGACCUUUAACCGACACUAACAGGAUUUAGGAAAAUGGCAAAGCAGGACAGAAGGUCUCACCCUCACUGAGAGGAGAGGAGGAAGAGGAGGAGGAGGCUGAGGAUGGAGCGAGCUCACAGCCUCCUGCUGGACGAGGAUGCCUGCAGUCAGCUGGGUGAACAUCAGAGGGCCGAGUUCAUCUUUGAAUGGCUGAGCCACCUGAAGAAGCUCCUCCCUGCCGCUGACAGGGCCGACAUCAAACUGAAGCAGCGGCAUCUGAUCGAGCAGCUGUCGGGCCUUCUGAUUGGCUCCCCCGGCCCGCCGACCCGCUGGCUGCUGGCCCACUGCUUGGCUCUGCUCUACCGCCUGGGAGACCCCAUUUCUUCCAGCCUAUUGGUGGACAGGUGCAAUGACAUCAUCCGCAGCAAAGACGACUCUCCGUCAGGCCUCCCGACCCGACUGGCAGCCAUUGCGUGUCUUGGUGCUUUGUUUGAGCAGCUCGGCCGGAUGCUCGUCGGCGCUUUCAAAGACACGCUGACCAACCUGCUGAAGGCCAUGAAGAGCGCUGAGUCUCAGGGUCGGUAUGAGAUCAUGUUGAGUUUGGAGAAGAUCCUGCGAGGUUUGGGCGUGAGCGCCGUGCCGUGUCACCGCGACGUCUACAAGGCGGCGAGGACCUGUCUGACGGACCGAUCCAUGGCGGUACGCCGUGCCGCUGCCAAGUGUUUGCUGGAGCUGCAGAGGGAGGCGGUGUUCCUGUGGACCAGCGAGUUGGAGAACGUGGCCACUCUGUGCUUCAGAGCCUUCGAAGGAUCCAACUACAACGUCAGAGUGUCUGUGGCCAAACUGCUGGGAACUCUGCUGGCUGCUGCUGUGGAGCCCAGACAGCCCACUGCAGCCCCCAGACAGGGGGGGCGGGGUCGGAGCUCCCUGGAGGAGGUGAUGGAUUUGUUGUCGGGGGGGUUCCUGCGGGGCGGGGCGGGUUUCCUCCGAGCCAGCGGAGACAUGCUGAAGGGGACGAGCUCCGUCAGCAAGGACGUCCGCAUCGGAGUCACGCAGGCCUGCGUGGUCUUCGUCUCCACCCUGGGCGGCUCCUGGUUGGAGGCGAACUUCGCGGCCUUCCUGUCCCUGCUGAUGGAGCUGGCGUCCCACGGCAGGGCCACGCAGACGCCGGGCGACGCCGUGGUGACCCGCUGCUGCGUCUCCUUCAUCCUGAGGAGCACCCUGGGGUCUCUGCUGGGGGAGAAGGCUCAGACCAACGCAGCCAAACAGCUCUGCCUCGCUGUGGCCGCGCAGAAACGAGCCAUCGAUGCAGCUCUGACUGAUGGGAACGUGGAGACCAGAGUUUCGUCUGCAGACGUCUCGGCCAGUCAGCAUGUGUUGGUCUGCUGCCUGCUGGAACUGGGAAGACUCGUACAGGGACUGGGAUCCACCGCCGCCCCCCUCCUCAGUGACAGCAGCACAGCCCUCCUGGACACGGUGAUCUCCGUCCUCCUCCACCCCGUCGCCUCAGCCUGUCUGGCUGCCGCCUGGUGCCUGCGCUGUGUCGCCGUGGCGAUGCCGUCCCAGGGUUCCUUGCUGCUGGAUCGCUGCGUCGAGAGGCUGGUGGCGCUGAAGUCUUCCCCUGAAGCAGUGGGCGGGUACGGAGCCGCUGUCGCCGCCCUGGUGGCUGCAGUGCAGCACUGCCCCCUGGGAAUACCACACACCAAAGGCAUGGUGGUGCUGGGUCUGGCUGAAGACCUGCUGCGUUCAGCCUCUCAGAACAGUCGCAUCUCUCUGCAGAGGACUCAGGCCGGCUGGCUGCUCGUCUCCUCUCUCAUCACCCUCGGCCCAGCUGUAGUGGAGCACCACCUGUCCCGUCUCCUCCUCCUGUGGCGGUGUGUGUUUCCCGCUUCGCUCAGGGAGCAGGAGAUGGAGCUGCGACGAGGGGACUUCUUUACGUGGCAGGUUACGCUGGAGGGACGUGCCGGGGCGCUCUGCGCGAUGAAGAACCUGCUGCUGCACUGCAGGGAGCUCGUCACUGAUGACAUCAUCAGCCGUCUACUCACGCCAUUGGCCUGCGCUGUGGCCCUGCUCAUCAAGUUGCCUGCGCUCAUCAGGUCUUACAGCAGUUCAGUUCGUAGCUGGUCGGUCGUCUACAGACUGCGAGUCUACGAGCUGCUCGCUCUGCUGCCUCCACACACCUACCAAGAGAGUUUUGGUUUGGUGAUGAACCAGCUGGUGUCUGAUCUGUCCGCUCAGGACAACCUGAACCAGCCGUGUUCAGAGCUCACCCUGCUGCCUCCCCUCUGUCACCAUGACGACCUGCCGCUGGCCGGCCCCGCCCUCCACGACACCGACCACAGAUACAUCGAGGAACAGCUCCAUGGCAGCAGCGUGGGAGGUGGCUCUCUGGACAACGACGCCUUCAGUCUGUGUGAGAGGAGUGACGAAGCUCCCGCUCCUCUUCCUCCUCCCGUCGCUCUGACCGCUGCCGCCGUCCGCCUCUUUGGAGCGCUCUUCCCCCACAUCAUCUCCGCUCAGAGAGUGAAGAUAUUGGAGCAGUUUGUAGAAACAGUGAACCAGCUGAAGGGUCAACGCCAGCAGACCGUCCAGACAAACGUCUGUGCUGCCCUCUGCAGUCUGCUCAAGCACCAGGGUGGUAUCCGGGGCUCUCUGGGGCCGGAGGAGGUGCGUUCCCCGGCGUUGUCCCUCCUGUCGGGGGCGCUGGAGAGCGUCAGUCCUCUGCUGCGCUGUCUGGCAGCUGAAGGUCUGGCCCGGCUGGUUCAGGUGGUCGGAGACCCCGGUUUCACCGUCUCCGUCUCCCUCCUCUGCUUCGACAGGCUGAAGACGGCUCGGGACGCGGCGUCUCGCAGUGGCUACGCUCUGGCUCUGGGGGCGCUGUACCGCUACACCGGAGGAAUCAGCUCACCUCAACACCUGUCCACCUGCCUGGGAGUCCUGUUCACCCUGAGCCAGGACAGCACCUCACCUGAGGUCCAGACCUGGUCUCUCCACAGUCUGUCUCUGGUAGUCGACCUGUCCGGUGGUUUGUACCGCGCCCACGCCGAGCCGUCCUUCACCCUGGUGCUCCGGCUGCUGCUGUCGGCUCCACCCACCCACCCCGAGGUGCACCACAGCCUGGGACGCUGCCUGCACGCCCUCAUCACCUGCCUGGGCCCCGACCUGCAAGGUGAAGGUGCAGCAGUGUCCGGUCUGCGCUCCAGCUGUCUGGUGGGAUGUGGGGUGAUGCAGGCCGGUCCAGACUGUCUGGUUCAGGCCAGAGCCAUUUCCUGUCUGCAGCAGCUGCACAUGUUCUCACCACCACACGUCAACCUGGCCAGCCUCGUACCUGCACUCUGUGAGAUCUUGUUGGAUUAUUCCAUGUUGGCCAACCUGUGCAGUUCGUACCUGUGUCUGCGCCGGGCGGUGGUGGCGUGUCUGCGGCAGCUCGUCCAGCGGGAGGCUCUGGAGGUGUCUGAACACGCUGUGACUCUGGUCAAAGAGCUGCCGAGACGAGACAACACGCAGCUGGACGUCACCAUAAAGGAGGUGGGUCUGGAAGGAGCUCUGUUCACUUUGUUGGACCGGGAGUCAGAUCCGGGUCUGAGGAGGGACAUCCAGGAGACUCUGGUCCACAUGAUGGCGUCCAGCGCCACCAGCGGUAAACUGGGACACUGGCUCAAACUCUGCAAGGACGUCCUGUCUGCGACCACCGACUGUCUGGCUCCGGUUGAGGCGAGUCAGGUGGACGAGGAGGCGGACCCCGGCAGAGACGACGACUCCUCUGCUUUCAGGGCUCGGUCGGAGUCCGGCGGCCCGUUCAUGGCCCUGCGCUGGGCCACGCGCCGCUUCGCCAUGGAGUGUGUGUGUCGCAUCAUAGCUCAAUGUGAGACUUCAGACCCGGCUCACUUCGACAUGGCUCUGGCUCAGGAGCGUCGCCUGCACGAGUCCACCGACUUCCUGGUCCUCCAUCUUGGUGACCUGGUCCGCAUGGCGUUCAUGGCGGCGACAGACAACAGUGACCAGCUGCGGCUGGCGGGUCUCCAGACCCUGCUGGUGAUCAUCAGACGCUUCUCAGCCAUCCCCGAACCGGAGUUCCCCGGUCAUGUGAUCCUGGAGCAGUACCAGGCUAACGUUGGAGCUGCUCUCAGACCAGCCUUCACUGCCGACGCUCCUCCUGACGUCACCGCUAAGGCCUGCCAGGUCUGCAGCGCCUGGAUUGCCAGCGGUGUGGUCAGUGACCUCCGUGACCUGCGGCGAGUCCAUCAGCUCCUGGCCUCCUCAUUGGCUAAAGUCCAGGCCGGGAGGGACACGUCCAGCCAGCUGCACAACGAGGCCACCGCUACAAUGGAAACACUGGCCGUCCUUAAGGCCUGGGCCGAGGUUUACAUCGUAGCGGUUCAGAGGAGCAGACAGAAGGAGAGCCCCGGUAGGACGGCUGACCUGUCAGUCUCCUCUCUGGCCAAUGACGGCUCAGGCUCUGAGUCAGGAGGUGCGGGCCUUCUGAAGUUGGUCCAAUCAGAUCUGUCGACGCUGAGCCGUCUGUGGUUGGCAGCGUUGCAGGACUACGCCCUGCUGACCCUCCCGCAGGAGUACGCAUCCCAGCUACCUGCGACAGGAGGUUCUUUCUACACAGCAGAGACGGUGAACCAGGCCAGAGCUCAUUACUCCUCCUCCUGGGCUCCCAUCCUCCACGCCACCUCCCUCUGGCUCCACAGCACCGGUUUUGUGAUGUCAGAUGACGCACCUGCCAACCUGUCCAGACCGGCCACGCCCACCUCCAUGGGACACACCGGCUCUAUGGGUGGAGCCAAGAGUCCAGAGGACAUCAACUCCGACAGACUGCAUCUCAUACUGGGGAUCAGUGUGGAGUUCCUGUGUUCUCCGCACUCUGAGGACCAGAUGGAGAACAUCACUUCCUGUCUGCGAGCUCUGCAGGCGCUGCUGGACGUCUCCUGGCCCCGAGCUAAGAUCGGAAACGACCAGGCUCUGAGUGUGGAGCUGCUCAGCGUCCUCCACCGGCUGAUGGUGACCAGAGAGUCGGCGUCCGUCCAGCUCGCCGUGUUGGAUUUACUGCGGCAGAUUGUGGCGGCCGCUCAGGAGCACGUCAGGGAGAAACGCCACAGCGCAGAGGUGGAUGACGGCGCGUCGGAGAAGGAGACACUGCCAGAGUUCGGUGAGGGACGGGACACCGGCGGUUUGAUUCCCGGACGCUCGCUGGUGUUUGCAGCGCUGGAGCUCUGCCUCUGUGUACUGGUCCGGAAACUUCCACAGCUCAGCCCCAAACUGGCUGGAACCAGUCCAACUGGUCCUGGAGGUUCACUGUGGAGUCUGACUGACAGCGACUGCCGGUUGGUGUCUUCGGCUCUGUGUGUCCUCUCUGAGCUGCCGUCUGUCUGCUCCCCAGAAGGCAGCGUGUCCAUCCUCCCCACUGUCCUCUACCUGCUGCUGGGAGUCCUCCGAGAGCUGGUCCACCAGCCCAGCACACACACUGGUGCCCCGGUGGCGGGCUCCGUGGGCGGGGCUGGUCUGGGUACGGUGGUCCAGGCGGCUCUUCAGGCUCUGAAGUCCGUUGUGACGUCUCCGAUGAGCCGACAGGAGAAGAGUCGAGGAGCCUGGAACCUGCUGCUGAGAUCAGCUCUGAACACACUGCUGGGACUCUGGGACUCCGGAGACUCUGUUGUAGAUCAGGUCAGCCUGCUCACAGCUCUGACUGUCUUCCUGCUGUCUGCUGGUCCUGACGUCUGCGCCGUCGAGCCGCUGCACGCGCUCUGUCUGCAGCGCUUCAACGCCGGCAUGGACGCCAAAGACCCGCUGGUUGUGAGUCGCUGCUAUCAGCUGUUAACGUCGCUGUUUCAGGCCCCGCCCGGCGUGGCCGUCCCGUACAUCCAGGUGCUCGGACCGCCGCUGGUUCGAUACCUCCAGAAGGUGGAGAGGAGUCGUCCUCAGAGUCCAGAGGAGCUGUCGGGAGUCCUGGAGGGAGUCCGAGCCAUGGAGGCUCUGGUCCAGGCUGCAGACGAGUCCCAGCGUCCUCAGCUGGUGGCCAUCUUGUUGCCCCUCCUCAUCUCCUUCCUCCUGGAUGAAAACGCUCUCGGCUCGGCCCCCGCAGCGUCCCGGUCUCUGCACGAGGCGGCGCUCAAAGACCUGAUGCGUCUGGGCCCCCAGCACUCAGCCGUCUUCAGGUCUCUCAUCGCCUCAUCUCCUCACCUGAAGUCUCGUCUGGAAGCCGCCGUCAAAGGAAACCAGGAGAGUCUGAACGCUAAAGCUAGCAGCGCUAACCCCGCCUCCCGCAGCGCCGCCAAGUCCUCCCCCAGCAUCACACUCAAGACCAACUUCCUGUGAGACGAGUCGCCACAACGCCGCAGGACGGAGGUCGACCGCGCUGCGUUCACCGUCCCCUGGGACAAAUGGCACUUUUGUUGUCUGAGAAUCUGAUCGGGAACAUGAAGAAUGAAAUUCAAGUGGUGAGUAGGGCACGCCGCCAUGUUGGAAGGAUGACAGCAGACAGGGGGGGAAAAGCCAUAUUAUGACAUCACUUCCUCUUUCACAGAAACUGUCCAUUUAAUGUUCAGGGCGACAAUCUUUGAUGUCGUCGCGACUCGUCCAACAUGGCGGUGUGUUCCUCUGAUGAGACGCUCAGCAUCUCUGUAUUACUCUGCAUGGCACUAAAUCACUGUUAGAGUUUUAUCAUCCGUCAUUCAGAGCCAAGCUAAAGAUCCAGUUCUGGUGGUUUGACAUGUUUUAUCUCAUCAACUACAAACUGUUUACUUUCCGUCCCCGCUGAUCAUUUCCCAAAUCCUCCGUCGGUUUCACAUUUCCGUCUUUAAAGGAAGUCCCUGCUUUCAGUCCAGUUCUACGAACAUCAAGAUAAUCCAUCUCAGUCGACGUGCUGACGCAGAAGUGACUGUUGAAAACUCUUCGUUUGUGUUUUCAAGGACACUUUUUGCAUUUUGUUUGUCCUCCGCGUUCAACAACCGAGCUCAUGAGAUGGGGGGGGGGGAGUUUUGCUGAAACAAUUAAUCAAUAAAUCUAUUAGUUGACUGACAGAAAAUGAAUUAACAGUUUGGCAAAACAUUCUCACCCAAACAUCCACGUUAACUUGCUGUUUCGGGAGCUGAAAGCUGAAAGCUGAAGUUUCCAAGGUCAAGAAUGAACCUUCAAGCAAAAGAAACCCCAACAAUUUUAACAAGCGAUUAGUCAAUUAAAGUCAUCGAUAAGAUAGAAAUGCAAACGUGUGUGAGUUCCAGCUUCUCCAGUGAGACGAUUCUUUGCUUCAUAUCAUUAGAAACUGACUCCCGGUCAGAUUUGUCAGCUGCUGUUCAGACUAAAUGGGCAGAGCGUUGGAAUAUGCUUUUGUUUUCUGACAUUUCAUAGGCAACAUAUAUACAGACAAAACCGAUGGAUUAAUUGAAAAUGACUAACGUUUAAUUAAUUGUUGUAAUCUCUCUGGUUCUCUGCAAGCUGAUUUUAAUAGAAAUGAAUCAGGACUGCUAACGAUCAUUAUCGAUUGGUUAUUUUCUCGAUUAAUCAAUUAGUCAGUUGUCUAUAAAAUGUCAGAAAAUUCGAGUUGACGUCUUCAAAAGACUAAAACCGCAAAGAGAUUCAGUUUAUUCUCAUACAAGAAUAAAGAAACCAGAAAAUGUUUAUAUUUUCAGAAGCUGGAGAAUUUUGCCAUUCUGUCUUCUGAUUCAUUGAUUAUCAAAAUAGUUUUCUGUUGAUUUGAUUAAUCGGCUAAUUGUUGCAGCUCUACGGCAAAAUGAACUGAAACCAGUGGGAGUCUGGAGGGAAGGAAGUCAGUCAGAAACCGAUGGAUGGUUUUAGAAAUGAUCAGCAGCGAUAUGAAAUAUUGAUUAUUUGUUGAUACGUGGAUAAAAUAGAACAGUUUGGUUCUUGUUUAGUUAAAUAUAUAUUUGUCACGUUUAACUCGGAGGAACAGAUGUUGAUUAAUCAUGAAAAGCAGCUGGUUCGCUGUUUUUAUAGAUCGUCACCGACGAGUGAAUUUACUCUCGUAUCGGUCGCCGGCGGCGGCUUAAAGGACGUAACGCAGACUCCAGGUCAGUCAGAGCGAACGGACCGGAGUCAAACAGCUGCGACAGACAAGCUGACAAACAAAUCGCAGUUCUUAUAGGACAGAGAGGAACGACAACUUUUAAACUGAAGGAUGAACUCGAGCUAAACGGUUUUGGAUUCAUGUUUUCAUGAAUACACGCGCACACACACACAUCAAAAGAUCUCACCAGUAGAUUCUCCAAAUUACACAACAUUUCGUACACUAACCCCGAGUGCGCUCCAGGUCUACAAUGCCAAAUGUGGUGCAAAUGCAACAAUAGGUGGCGCUGUAACAAAUGUUUGCUAUUGCCGUCGCAUUAUAUUUUUCAAAUUUGGGACAAAUCUGACAGUAUGUGAUGCUGUCUUACUUUUUUUUUUUUUAAUCAUAUCAUCACCAAAAAAAAAAAAAACCUUUCCUGAUAAAACCAGGAUGUGUUCCAGAUGUGACGCGGUAAGUGGUGCGGUGAGUCCGCUGACUCCAUAUUUGGUGUGCAGAUCCGGUAUCUGCUCCAGUUCUGUCACACCAGAUGUGGAGAAAUUCUGACAACGUUUCACACUUUAAAAAAAAAAAAAAGUUUGAUACACAACAUGAAAGGCCGCUAGAUGGCAGAAUUGUUCGCGGCUUCCCGAUUGGUCGAGCCUUUAGUUCCGAGUUGCGUUGGCGUGUCGGACCCCGGGAUACUUGCUCGCAAGUCUAGAUUUUUUUUUUGUUCUCCAGUGUUUUGACUUUUCUCACCAUAAAGGAUACAGGUACAGUGCAUGCAGUGGGUGACCAAUCACAGGCGAGCAUCUCGAAGUCAAUCAAGGCUGUCUCUGAUACCUAGACUCCACCCAGCUGGCGCUGCAAGUACAACUAAACAAGCAGCAGCUGUGAAAGUGUCUGUGCUGUUUGAUCCGGUCUGUCAGUAUUCUGACAUUCGACGCUUUUAUUUUGAAAUGAUUGUCAUCACUAUGUCCGUCGUGGUUUUAAGCAGGAACACAAUCUGAAGUUGGCAGUAAAUAAGCUUCUUUUCCUGUUUCACUAACAAUGAAUGGAGGUCAAAGGUCACGUUGACACGUCUUCCUUUGACCCUGCAAAGAAUGUCAAUAACAGAGAAGAGGAUUUUAUUGUUUUGUUUUUUUUAGUAAAAUGUUUGUUGGGUUUAAUUUCGUCUGACAAAUCGCAUAAAAACACAACCUGAAGACUCUCUGAUUGUUAUUAGUCAUAUGGUGGCCUGUAAGGGACAAUUUAGUCAACAGCACUUUAGUUUAACAACACUACGACGUCACAAUGUCAACCACGUCAUGUUUUAUCAGUUUGAGUCGUCUGCAGUGGAGACUGUAGACUGGGAGCUGAAAGAAUGUAAGCGUGGUUUUGUUUUAGAGGACUUUUAUUGUCUAAAUGUGAAUGUUCAUAUCAGUGAAAACUAUUCUAACAUCAUUUCCUUUAAAAGCUCCGUCACAAUCCAACACAAACACUAAAGAUUUACCUGCAAUAAGUCUGUUAACCAGGUGAGCUGUGUGCUUCAGUCUUCCAGCUUCAGCAGCUUCUCACACACACACACACACACACCAGCUGUACGAGUGUGUGUUCGAGUGUGAGCUCACCUGGCUCUGUGUACAGGUGUGAACUGAAUGAAUGAGUUAACAUGUUGUUUUCUAACGGCAGCGAGUGAAUAAAAACACGUUUUUCUUCUAA